AUGGCAUAUCCAAUGAAUCAAAAGUUCACAGCCUUCUCAAGCAUCUUCGCCUUGGUCUUAAUCUUCCUCUUUCAAGUCCCACAUUCAAGUGGCCAAUUCUCUUCGUCCAUCAUACCAGAUUCUAAUUUUACCACUCUGCAUUCUCCAGUCAAUGGCAACAUCACCAUACGCUUCAAAUCGCCGCCCGCAGGUACAUGUACAACAGCAUUCCAAACUCAAAAGCAAUACACCGGAUAUGUUUCUCUGCCGCCGUUCACACUCGCCCCCAUACAGCAAAAUUACUCAAUUAAUACUUUCUUUUGGUUCAUUGAAGCUCGGACGGAGUCAAGCACAGCUCCUCUUACAAUAUACAUAAACGGCGGACCGGGAAGCAGCAGCAUGGUCGGGCUAUUUCAAGAGAAUGGACCCUGCCAGGUAGUGGAGAUAGCUCAGGAUAAGCUUGGUACAAAGCCCAAUGACUGGGGAUGGGAUCGGAGCACCAACAUUCUGUACGUGGACCAGCCAAAUCAAGUGGGCUUCUCCUACGAUACGCCAACCAAUGGAUCUAUGAAUCUGUUCACCUCCAUCACGACUGAGCCACCCUCGGACGUACCAUCCGGCCAGCCAGACUAUACCUACCUCAAUGGUACUUUCAGCUCCAACAGCGGCAACUCGACGGCGAAUACCACUGAAAUUGCUGCACACGCAGUAUGGCACAUGUUGCAAGGCUUCCUUGGAGCAUUUCCCCAAUACAAUCCGGGCAGGUACUCGAACAGUUCAAAACCAGGGGCUGUCGGUGUCAACCUCUUCGCGGAGAGCUAUGGAGGGAAAUAUGGUCCCGCCUUUGCGACACUUUGGGAGCAACAAAAUCUGCUGCGCAAGAAUGGCUCCAUACCAAGUAACAAAACUUUGGAGAUACGUUUGUCCUCUCUAGGCAUCAUGCAGGGAUGCGUCGAUGAUCUGGUUCAAGGGAGGUUCUACCCAAUAUUUGCCAACAACAAUACCUACGGGAUCCAGGCACUCUCGCUGACCGACCAGCAAGCCGUUGCUAGCAGCUUCUUGAGUGCCAACGGAUGCCAGCAGCUUAUCGAAUCCUGUAGAAAUGCGGUCACUGCUCAAGAUCCUCAAAAUGAGGGGGAUGUGGCCUCUGUGAAUCAGAUCUGCGCAAACGCCCAGAACACCUGCAACAACGAGGUUUUUGGGCCCUACUAUUCGUCUGGUCGAGAUGUAUACGAUAUCACUCAGAACAUGCCGGAUCCGUUCCCUCCAAGCACAUAUUUGGAGUACCUCAACAAUGCAGAUGUCCAAGCUGCGAUUGGUGUGGCUGUAAACUAUACCCAGACGAACGCAGCGGUGGCAAACGCUUUCCUUCAGACGGGGGACUACGAACGUGGCGACUACAUCGGCGAGAUGGCUCAUUUACUCUCACUAGGUGUCCGCAUCGCUCUAGUGUACGGAGAUCGGGAUUACAUAUGCAAUUGGUUUGGUGGAGAGGCAGUCUCAUUUUCUAUCGCAGCGCAAGCGGCCGGGUACUCGCCAUUCUAUACAGCCGGCUACGCCGACAUAGUGGUCAACACCACCUACAUUGGUGGUGCAGUUCGUCAAUACGGCAAUCUGUCUUUCUCCCGAAUUUACGAUGCCGGCCAUCUCAUACCUGCAUACCAGCCCGAAACUGCCUUUACCGUUUUCACAAGGAUUAUCAUGGGCAAUGACAUCUCGCUUGGCGAAGCUGCUGAUCUAUCAACUUACACGAGCAAUGGUACCGCAAAUGCCACGGAGACCCGCAAGGCCCCUGAACAAUUGGACCCAACUUGCUGGGUUAGAAAUAUCGAGAACACGUGUACGAAUGACCAGAAGGUGAUGUUACAGCAAGGCCAGGGCGUCAUCGUCAACGGUGAACUUUACGACGAGGCUAGCGAUUGGAAACCACCUCCGUCCUCGGUUUCCGUGAUGGCAGGCUACCCUGGGACCUACCCGACUUCGACAACGACUACAGGGCCAGCGCCUACUGAGAAGGGCAGCUCUCCGAGUACAACUAGUGCAGUCCUGACUGGUGUCUUCACUGCAACGUCUACACCAAGUCCGACCCCCUCGAAGGGAGCUGCUUCCAGCGACAAAGCCGUUAAUGCGGGGUGGGCUUUGCUGGGAUGUAUGCUGGCUAUGGGGGGAGCCUGCGUGACGUAA